AUGAAUAUAAAAAGACAAGUGCCAUCAUCUUCAUUUUUUGAUGUUUCUAAAGGCUCAUUAUGGCUGAACACAACUGCAUCUCGUAAUGUCAGUGAAGCCAUCUAAGAAAAUUUCUAUAUCUACUCUUCCAAACAUCAAACAUUCAAAAUCAAGACUUUAUAUUUACAAAGUCAUUUCAUUUUUAAAAAGAAAAAGAAUGUAUAAUUAUAUAAUUCAUACUUAGGGUUAAAAUAAAAUUGCUGACAUAUAAAAUGCAACUAUUUGUGAAAUUGAACAACCAAAUUAUGGAGCAGGAAUCAAAAUUAUAAAGUCAGGACAAACUAUAGAAAUCUAUGGAAUGAUAAUGAGUUGGCUUUAAUAACUUAAGUUUUAUUGUGUUUAAUAGGAUUUUUCAAAUAAAUAUUCAAUUAUUACAUUACUUGGAAAAGGAACAUUUGGAAAAGUAUUAAAUUAUUUUAUAAAUCUUAGGUUUAUAAAAUAAAAUCUAGAACUACUCAAUAAAAUUAUGCUGUCAAAGUAUUUGAAAAGAAAACUCUUAUAAGUUAUUAAGACUAUUUAGUUAUAACAAAAGAAUUGUAAAUAGUGCGUACUUUGAAUCAUCCUGCGAUAACUCAUUUUUAUGAAACUUUUGAGAAUGCUGAAUUCAUAUUUAUUGUCUAUGAAAUGAUCGAAUAAGGCGAGCUUUCUACAUUAAUAAAAGAACGAUAUCUAUCUGAAGAAGAAUCCUUAAAUAUUACUAAAUAAUUGCUUUAAGCAUUAUUAUUUAUGCAUACUUAAGGUAUAAUGCAUAGAGACAUAAAACCUUCAAAUAUUUUAUUAAAAGAUAGAAACUCAAUGUCAAUUGCAAUUACAGAUUUUGGAUUAGCUGAUUUCUACAGAAUUGAUGGUAAAUAUAUCUAUACAAGAUGUGGAACACCUUUAUUUGUAGCACCUGAAGUACUUUAAGACAAAAUAUAUGAUUAUAAAAUUGAUAUCUAUAGUGUUGGAGUCAUCUUAUUUAUGUUAUUGUCUGGAGGAAAGUCUCCGUUUUAAGGGCCUGAUGCUGAUGAGCGAUUAUAUUAAAAUUAUAAAGGUUCAGUGGAUUAUAGUCUAUUACCAAAUAUAUCUGAAAAAACAUUCAAUUUAUUAUAAUCUAUGCUUGAAUUAGAUCCUUCUAAAAGGAUAUCAGCUAAAGUAGCCCUUAAUCAUUAAGUUUUUCGAAACUUUAAAGCAAAUAAAUUAUCAUUAAUAAUAAAUAAAUCUCCCAGAAGCAAUGAGAAAAUAUUCAGUUCUAGACUUAAAAUAAAUACAAAUACUAAUUUAGAUAAAUAUUUAUAAUUAACCCCAAGACUUUUAAAUAUUUAAUAAAAACCAGUUAAUAAUAUGAAAAAAGAAGCGAUUAGAAGAGGCUUUAAAAAAAUGCAGACUUUCUCUCAUCGAUCCCCAUAACUUUCGCCAAUUAAAACCUAAACGAAAUUCGAACCAUUUUCAUGA